AUGGCUGAGCUAUCCGAGCCGUCAACGUCGUCUACGUCGUCGUCGGCGCAAGCUCCCCGCGAUGCAGAGAUCGACGCUUUCGUCGCCUGGGCGCAAGCCGUGCUCGCCGACAUCCAGCACGCCGAUCGCAACGUCAGCGCUCCGGCGGAUCUCGCAGAUGGUGUGGUGCUCUUCCAGAUCCUGGCGGACAUCGACCCGGACCUCUUCCGCAAUCCACAUGCUGGCGAUACCAAGGACAACUGGGUGCUCACCAUCGGUACCCUCAAGCGCCUCUACAAGCUCAUGCUGCAGUUCUACUCCCAGAGCCUCUCGUGCGCUCCAUCCCCACUUCCAUCGCCCGAUCUCAAUGCCAUCGCACGCUCCGCUGACCCGGAAGAGCUCGCCAAAUUGUGCCUGCUCGCCAUCGGCAUCGCUGUGCAGAGCGAGAAGAACGAGGCGCACAUCGCUGCGAUCCAGACGCUCGACCACUCUCACCAGACCCAGCUCAUGGUCUCCAUCGAGCGCAUCAUGUCGCUCAUCAAACAAGCCCAAGAUGAAGAGCUGGCCGCAUCCGCUGCAGACGACUCCACCGCCUCCUCUCGCGUUGCCGCCGUCGAUCCCAACUCCCACGGCAAAACAUCCGCCGAGCUUGCCUCCGAACUCGACACACUGCGUGCCGAGAAGGACGACAUCGAAAAGACCUACCUCGUCCUGCUCGAAACCCACCGAAGCGUGACCAACGAGUUCCAAGACCUCAAGGCCGAACGCGACGAUCUCAACGCCAAGCACGAAGAGUACAAGAAGCGCUUCGAGGAGGAGCGCAACGAGCAGGCCGACGUGCUCUUGCACCAGCAGAUCGAAAAGCUCAAGGCUGAAUUACGCCGCAGCGAGGAUGCGCUCGCCGAGCUCGAGUCGGACAACGAAAAGCUCAUCCAGGCUGCCCAAGACUCGAAGCGCAAGAUCGACGAGCUGCAAAAGACAGCCGACGAGGCGGUCAAGCUGCGCGACCAGAUCGACGAGUACAAGCACGCCGCAGAUCGUCUGCAGAAGGCCGAAAACGCCAUCGAAAAGUACAAGAAGAAGCUCGAGGAGGGCGCCGACAUCCGUCGCCAGCUCAAGCUGCUCGAAGACCAGAACGCCGAGCUCGUCGACCGCAACGCCAAAAUCGAGGACGAGUACAAGCGCGUGUCUGCCUUCAAGCCACUCAUGGACUCGUACAAGACGCAGAUCGCCGAGCUCGAGUCCAAAUCCUCCACCUUGCAGCGCGACCUGGCCACGUCCAAGUACGAGCAGGACCAGAUCCUGUCGCGCCUCAAGGCGUCCGAGGACCAGCGCGCCACGGAGAAGGAAGAGAUGGAGCUGUACCAGGAGCGCAUCAAGGAGCUCGAGCUCGGAGGCGAUGCGGCCGGCGUGCGACGCAAGAAGCUCGUCAGCCGCGCAUCCAACGUGUCUGCCAACGGCGUCGAGGGUCUCGUCGCCGCCGACGCAACGCGCGCCGACACCGACUCGUUGGAUCUGGACGACGACGACGAGUUGGACCGCUCGGGCGAGCUCGAAGAUGCCUUGAGCGGCACGACGAUGACCGACCUCAAGAUCAAGGUGCGCAAGCUGGCGCGCGAGCUCGAAGCGGCGCAGACCAACAAGGCGGACCAGUCGCGACUGAUUGUGCUCGAGAACCUGCUGGAGGAUGCGCAGCGGAUGAAGGCGCGCUACGAGGCCGACUACCUGCGCGAGCAUCGCGACAAGAUGGUGCUGCAGAGCCAGCUCGAGGCGAUCCGCAGCGGCAAGUCGGAUCUGGGCGACGGCACCGAGGCUGCGUAUGCGCUGCGGCUGCGGCUCAACGAGGUGGUGGAGGAGCUGGAUGCGGCCAAGCGACGGCUGGGCGAGCUCGAGGUGCAGAACGAGCAGACGCUGCGCGAGCUCACGGUGGCCAAGUCGGAUCUGACGCUGGUGAACAAGGACCAGGUGGACAUUCUGCACUCGUUGCGUGCCUCGAUGGAGGCGGACAAGGACGAGCUGGAGGCGCACGUCAAGAAGCUCAAGGCGGAGCUGGGAUCGGUGGGCGAGCAGAACCGCAUGUACAUGGCGCAGGUCAACUCGCUGCUCAUGGAAAAGGUGGAUCUGCAGGCCGAGGGGAUCGGGCAGCGCGACGAGGCGCUCAAGCGCGAGCGCGCGCUCGGCGAUCUGCGCACACGGCUGCAGGGCAAAGGGCUCCCGAAGGAGGUGGAGGAGCUGGUGGCAAGUCUGCAGACCGAGGCGCUCAACUCGACACGCGACCUCAAGGCGCUGCAGGAGCGCUUUGGCAAAGCCAAGACGUUCAUCAAGCAGCAGGAUCGGAUGAUCAAGGAGAAGGAUCGCAGCAUCGCCGCCGCCGCCGCCGCUGGCUCUCUGAUGGGGGGCGCCGGCGGUGUCGAAGGAGGUGCGUUACGGGGCGAGAUGGGCAACGAAGCGCUGGAGCAAGAGGUACGCCGGUUGCGCGAGCAGGUGCGCAACUUGGAGCGCGAGCAGACGCUCAUGAUGUCGGCCUUCCAGGAUCUCGGACGGCGCUACAUGGUCGAGCUGGAAUCGGGACGCAAUCCGAGCGGCGGUGGCGUGGCGGGCGCCCGCAGCGGCUCUGCGUCGUACGCGGCGGGUGGGGUGCGUGCGCUCUCGGGCCUCACGGGCCUCAACGCACCGGGCCGAAGCUGGCUUGCCAACCAACGGCGUCUGGUCAAUCCAACGCUGCAGCUUGCCAAUCGAAGGUGA